AUGCUGGAGUUUAACCUGGCAGAGUACUUGACGAGGUUUCAAAUCGCAAAUAAGGACGAGUUCCCCCCCGUGGACAGCCCGUCAAGCGACUUGAAUGCAGUCACGGACCGGUUGGCCGUAUCGCCGGAACAGAUUAACGACCAGGAGACAUUCGACACGUUGGUCGAUCUCUGUCACGGGUUUGUGCAUCUGCAGGUGAAAUUGCAGAGCCAAUUGACAUACCUCGUGAGUUCAUCUCUAAGCAACGUGGCCAACGACAUCAAUGCGAACAUCUCAAACACAUCGGACUAUAACGAACUGGCAGAUUUAGUGCCACAAUGGAAGAGUCUACUAGAGGCAUACGGGUAUCUUACCCAUGCGCUUCUGUUUUUCCUGCAAGAGGACGUUCACAGGGUGGCUGCGGCUGCUUCUUCGUCUUCGUCGUCAUCUAAUCUGGGGCGGAACAGAAAAUCCGCAACGAAUGAUGGAACGAGCAGCAGUCACAACGUAGAGUUAUUCAAAAGAAGCUGUAGCCAGAUUGAGUCUCUCUGUGAGACGACUUUGGCUGUCCUGGCGCUUAAUCUGAGUACAUUAUUCCAAACGACACCGGAGAAGGAUCUGUUUGUCGGACUGUUUACAAGACCUCUGUACUCGUUGAUCGAGGUGGAGGCGUCAAUCAAGUUGACGACUUUGAAAUUGGUUGUUCAGAGGGUCCUUGCAGUCGCGGUAAAGAGCCACGGGCAAGCAUCGAACGCACGGAGUGCAAUCAUGUCCAACCUAACAUAUUUUUUGCAUCUUUCCAACUUCAACGCUGAGUUGCUAGCAUUACUGUACCGGGAAUACAACUACCCACAGUUAACAGAGGAUGUCUUGAAGGAGAUAAGUAGCAGGGACUUCAACUCAAAGGAUACUACAGGGCCAAGGUCCAUUUCUAUCUUCCUGAUUAAGUUGUCUGAUUUGUCACCGCUGAUAAUGCUGCGACAGAUGUCUUUACUUCUUAGUCUUCUGAAUAACAGUUCCAUGACCCUCCGGUCCGCGAUUGUCGAAGCUUGUGGUAAUAUUAUAGUGAAAUUGUCCAGUGACUCGGCCUCGUCACUAUCUCAUAAACAACAAAUCAUGGUACUGAUCGAACUGCUAGAGGAAAGAUUUCAAGACUCUAACCCAUACGUACGAACGAAAGCGAUCCAGGGCUGCAUCAAACUGAUCGACUUGAACGUCAAACUUGGCGAAAAACGAUCUAGCAUAACCAACCUGGCAGUACGGUCGCUGGGGGACAGGUCCUCCUUAGUGAGAAGAAACACGAUCAAAUUGCUGUCUAAACUACUCCUCAGACACCCCUUCAGCGGAAUCAAUGGUACUCAAUUGAAAUUGAGCCACUGGGAAAAAUGCCUGGAGAAAGUGGAAGAGGAGACCUCCAAAUACCCUAUAAGCGAAGACGCCGUAGAGAGAUUGGAACUUGCCCCUGAAAGGGAGGAUCAAGACAUGGAUAACGCCGAAUUGUCGAGACUGGAAUCGCAGGCGGAAGCGAUACAGUCAACUAACCCAGACGCGGUCCUCAAAUUGAAGCUUUUGGUCGUGUAUCAUAAAGACGCAGUUGCGUUCAUAAAAAGCAUGCAUAAAGCUGUCAGCGUCAUAUCUUCACUACUUCUCUCCAAGAACAGAAACGAAGUGUUAGAAGCGAUGGAUUUUUUGGUGCUAACGGAAGCAUUUGAUCUUGAGCCAAGCAGGUCGGCCAUUAAAAAAAUGCUGCAUUUGGUUUGGAUCAAGGGCACGAACGAUGAAGGUACCAGUAUAGCAACACAUCUAGUAGAAUGUUACCAACAGUUAUUUUUUACUGCCCCUGAAAACUAUACACAGAAGCAGCGAGCAUUCCAUAUCGCGAUGAACGUGAUUGAGAUGACCAUCGGUGCGUCUGUCGCAGACUUGACGUCGUUGGAGAAAUUACUUGGGAUGAUGUACGAGAAAAGACUCAUAAACGCGCCUGUAAUCGAAGUUUUGUGGGAGAUAUACAGCAGUGCUGGGAAAAGGGCAGAAUCCAAUGGGAAAGAGAGGUACGCCAAGGAACAGAUUCACGGUUCCAUCAAUAUACUGGGGAUGUUGGCACUUGCCAAUCAUGAGAUCGUUGCCAAUGGGAUGGAUAAUUUGCUGAGAGUUGGUUUGGGGGAUGAGGGGACCACUGAUCUUGUUUUAUGUCGGUAUUCUUGCAUAGCGUUACAAAGGUUGGCCCCAAAGAAAGGAAAUCCAAUAUCGCCUAUUGUUGCCACUUAUAGUGAAGAGGAGGCUGUAAAAAAGAUUUACAGCAAAAUCAUCGCGUAUACUACCAGCUUGAAGUUUUAUCCCAUGUGUGAACAAGCCCUCAACGCGCUGUUCAUGAUUUCCUCUCAACCAGAUGCAGUAGCAUCUAAUAUAAUCAAAGAAAAGACAAUGAUGACUUUUGGGAAGCCGGACAGUUCGGACGACUCGAUCAUACCGCAAGAAAUGACCCGUGUUUGUUCUUUAACCCAACUGCUAUUUAUUGUUGGCCAAGUUGCUAUUAGGAUAUUGGUGUACCUGGAAAAAUGUGAGGCACAAUUUAGAAAGAAGAAAAUUGGUAAGGAAACCGCAAGAGGGAAACACAAGGAAAGUGCAACAGAAAAAUCUAAUGGUGACCUUGCCAACGCUAGUAACGUUGAAGAAAAAGAUAAUGAGCUUGCUAUGAUAGGAGGUACUAAUGAAGAUGACUUUAGCGACGCCAUACAAUUCGUAAAAGAAAACGAAUUACUGUAUCAGAAAAAUUCGUUGUUGGGUAAGUUCUGUCCCAUAGUUGAAGAAAUUGUGUCAAAUUCAACGAGAUUCAACGAUGUGAUGCUACAGCGGGUAGCUUCCCUCUGUUUGGAGAAGCUAAUGUGUAUUUCGUCAAAGUAUUGUGAAAAGAGCCUUCCACUACUAAUUACCGUUAUGGAAAAAUCGGAGGAUCCAAUAAUCCGAUCCAAUGCAGUACUAGCCUUGGGUGAUAUGGCAGUCUGCUUCAAUAAUCUUGUUGACGAAAACACAGAUUAUCUAUAUCGCCGGUUACACGAUGACAAUCUGAUGGUGCAACGAACGUGUUUGAUGACAGUUACGUUUUUGAUUCUAGCUGGGCAAGUGAAGGUGAAGGGUCAAUUGGGUGAGAUGGCGAAAUGUCUAGAGAACUCUGACCAAAAUAUUAGCGAUAUGUGUCGACUAUUCUUUUCUGAAUUGGCCACCAAGGACAACGCCAUCUAUAAUGGGUUCAUUGAUAUAUUCAGUAAUCUAUCAGCGGACAAGCAGCUGGGCAAGGAAAGUUUCAAAAAGAUUAUUAAGUUCCUACUAUCCUUCAUCGAUAAAGACAGACAUCAGAAACAGCUCAGUGAAAAACUGAUUGGUAGACUAGGGAAGUGCUCCACGCAAAAACAAUGGGAUGAUAUUGCAUUUGUAUUGAGUAACUUAUCCUUUACAAAUGAGAGAAUUUCCGCAAUACUGGAAGAAGGGUUCAAAAUGGUUUCGGUCCAGGAGUAA